AUGGACUACGCCAGCUCCGGAUCAUGGCCUACUCAGGUGCCGGCACCAGAGAAGUCUAGCCGACUUUACAUUCGCGACUAUCCCCAUCGAUCUAUCGCCCUGGUCUCAUCGUCCCACGCCCUCAUAUUCCGCUACAGCUCCGCCAGCACCGGCACAAACGGCUCCCUUACCUCACUCGCAUCUACCCGAUCACGGCCAAAUGGUGACGGAACCGCAUCAAAAUGCAUGGUCGAGUUUACUCAGAUCACCAAGAAGACGCUGGCCGACUACCGCCCCCUGACUCCACGACCAAUCUUUGGAACAUUGGGUCUGAUAUCCGUCGAGGGCGACGUGUUCCUUUCCGUCGUGACACAUGCCACAAGAGUCGCUACCCUUAGACCGGGGGAGACCGUGGAGCGGAUUGCGAGCGUUGCCUUCUUCUGCCUCAACAGUAGCGAGUGGGACGAUGUCGUUUCUCUGGACCCAUUGGAUUCCGAAACUUCAGAUGCCAAUUCGGUAUAUGGCCAGAACCUCAGAGGGCGAGAAGUUCAAGUGGAGCAUCCGUGUACAGACCUCCGGAAGCUUUUAGGCAACGGCACUUUUUACUAUAGUACCGACUUUGAUUUGACAAACAGGUUGCAGGAUAGGCACUUGCAGGUUGCUGACCGCUUUAGAACUGUGAAUUCGUACACGUUUGACAUCGACAACUUCGACGACUCCUUUCUAUGGAAUUCGUACAUGAUUAGCCCGCUGGUCCAAUUCCGGUCCCGUCUACUGCCCCAGGAGCGGGAGGCUUUAGAUUCCUCAAGGUUUCUGACCUCUGCCAUCCGUGGCUUUUGCCGAACAAUGGCGAUCCCGCAGACAAGCGCUCCAUUGAAGACUAGAUCGAGCGGCCUACCUUCGUACCUAACCGUUGUGUCCCGACUUUCUUGUCGUCGAGCUGGAACGCGUUUCAACUCCAGAGGAAUUGACGAUGAUGGCAAUGUCGCCAACUUUGUGGAGACAGAGACCAUAUACUGGAGUCCAGGCGGUACUCUCUUCUCAUACGCCCAAGUCAGAGGCUCAGUCCCGCUCUUCUGGGAGCAGACGGCGGAGCUCAUCCCCGGCAAGCAGAACAUCACCGUCAUUAGAUCACCCGAGGGAGCGCAGCCAGCCUUCAACAAGCACUUCGCGGACCUGGAGCAGGCCUAUGGUGCUGUACAUGUCGUAAACCUGUUGAGCGAGGGUAAGCCUGGCGAAGCCCAGCUGAGUCAGUUGUACCACCUGGGGGUAGAGCAUUGCCCCCUAAGCCAGGUCGGCGAGGAGGAAUCGCAAGACCACGCACUGCUGAGAGAAACCCACUACGACUUCCAUGCCGAGACAAAAGGCCCAGGAGGCUACGAAGCGGCGCGUCAGAUUCGCAGAUACAUCGAAAACUCGAUAGAUGGAUUUGCCUAUUAUUUGGCCGAAGAGUCGGUGGACGGGGCUGCUGACAACAACGAUAACCAAGGCUCAAAUCGGAUGGUGGUGGUUCUCCAACAGGAAGGUGUUUUCCGGACGAAUUGCCUUGAUUGCUUGGACAGGACGAAUCUGAUCCAGACCCUUAUAUCGCAAAUGGCCACAGAAGCUUUUCUGGGUCAUCGAGGCGAAUAUGCUACGUCGGACUUCUGGAUGAGACACUCGACCCUCUGGGCGGACAACGGCGAUGCUCUGUCGAAGAUCUAUGCCGGCACUGGUGCCCUAAAAUCAUCCUUCACACGCUCCGGUAAGAUGUCAUUGGCUGGCGCCGUCGCGGACAUGCGCAAAUCGGUGCAGCGUCUCUAUCACAACAACUUCACAGAUUCGGCUCGGCAAACGACGAUUGACCGCCUUCUUGGACGCCUUGUCAACCAAAUUCCCGUCCUUCUAUUUGAUCCUAUCAGCGACCACGUGUCUGGCGAGCUCACCAAGAGAAGCGCUGAAUUUUCUUCCGUACAGGACAUCACCAUGCUGGUCGGCACUUUCAACCUGAAUGGCCGCACUGAAGGUGUUGAUAGCGAUCUUGCUCCAUGGUUAGCCCCAGAAGAACUCGGUAACGUGUUACCUGAGAUCGUCGCCGUGGGGUUUCAAGAGAUUGUUGAGUUGAGCCCGCAGCAGAUCAUGAACAGCGACCCUUCCAGAAAACAGUUAUGGGAAGCUGCAGUAAGACGAUGUCUCAACAAGCGUGCCAAGGCACUUGGUGGUGAAAGAUACGUAUUGCUCCGAAGCGGACAGCUCGUUGGUGCUGCGUUGUGCAUCUUCAUCAAGGCCUCGGCCUUGCCCAACAUUAAGAAUGUCGAAGGAAGUGUCAAGAAGACUGGGCUGUCAGGGAUGGCGGGCAACAAGGGUGCGGUUGCGAUACGAUUUGACUAUGCGAAUACCCAUAUCUGUUUUGUGACAGCCCAUUUGGCUGCUGGAUUUUCGAACUAUGACGAAAGGAACAGAGACUAUGCGACGAUCCACCACGGGCUCCGUUUCCAACGAAACCGUAGCAUUGACGACCACGAUGCUGUUGUAUGGCUGGGUGAUUUCAACUACAGAAUUGGGCUCGGCUCUGAAGCUGCCCGAAGCUUGAUCAAGAAGCGAGACCUGGAAACGCUUUACGAGAACGACCAGUUGAACCUCCAGAUGAUUGCGGGACUUGCGUUCCCGUUCUAUUCCGAAGCCCGGAUCAACUUUCUGCCCACGUACAAGUUUGACCUUGGAACUGACGAAUACGAUACAUCUGAAAAGGCACGUAUCCCGGCGUGGACCGACCGUAUUCUACGUAAAGGAGCAAACUUGCGUCAAUUGGCAUACAACUCGGCCCCGCUCAAGUUCUCGGAUCAUCGACCGGUUUAUGCAGUCUUCCAGUGCAAUGUGAGCAUUAUUGACGAAGCCCUUCGAGACCGAAUCAGCAAGGAUCUCUAUCAACGAAGGAAAGCUGAAGUGGGAGACGCAACUGCCAACUUGGACUCUGAGGAGACCGAUGACGAGGACUUAAUUGGCUACGAAGCUAUUGAGCCGGGACUGCCUCCUGCGAGCUCUGACCGCCAAAAGUGGUGGUUGGAGAACAAGCAGCAGGCGAAAGUUGACAUCAAGCAGCCCAAAGCCCCCGAUGGACAGGCUACGGUGCUGAAUCCCAAUAGACCACCGAAUCCCUUUACGCCAACAGGAGAGCCAGACUGGGUCAACGUGCCGAGGUCAAGGCUGUCAUCCUUCUCCAGCGUCUCGACAUCGCCGUACGAGCAUGUCUACGCACCAAACGACCUUUCUUCAUCGGCUUCGAAUAGGAUUGCAAGGAAGCUGCCACCACCAUUUGACCCGUCGACCUUGUCAUCGAAGGUCGGCGGACUCAACAUCAAAGACGACAAGUCACAAAGGGGAGAGACGCCACCGCCCCCGCCACCACCUAGAAGGCAGACAGGAACCAACGCGGCAGUUCUACAACCCCCAUUAAUCCCUUCAAACCGAUCCCAAAAUCCGACACCUCCACGGCCGUCGUCUGCAAUCUCGCAGUUGUCGCAAUUGUCUUCACAGUCAAAAUCCAAGCCCGCUCCACCCGUUGCGAAGAAGCCAGCCCACCUAGCCACAUCUCCGGUUUUGAGCAGCAACGGAACUAGUCAGUACAAGGACGAUCCGACAGAAAGGCCGCCACUGCCGGCACGGGCUUCGACGGGCUUUACCAAUCUCAGCGCGGGAAUGGAAAGAGGAAUGCAUAGAAAGCCGAUUGGCACACCGGCCAAGCCGCCCAAGCGUGCGGAUACCCUCAACAUGGAGCCCGGCAGACAGAGCCCGAUGGCCGGGGCAGUCGCCCUGCCGGGGAUGAGAGCUGGUGAGGCACGGCCCAAGCCGAAGAUCCCGGCCAAAAAGCCAGUAGACCUAUUAGACUCGUUGGGUGACGCAGGGCCCAGCGACAUGGGAAGCUGGGAGACACUGGUUCCCAGCACGCAGAGAUGA